UUUUAGUUUAUUGACUUUUUAGCUUCUUUAACAUACUAUGCUUAACAUUCCACCAAAAUAUUCAAGUUUCUGUGUUUUCUUCUUCUUCUUCUUCCGUCUCUUCUACUUCCUAUCUGCUCUCCCUCUUCUCUUACUACUCCCCGAUCUCAUGAUUAUAGCCAAGCUUCUCUUUCUCUUUUCCUCUCUAAUCGUAUUAAACCAAAUCUGCCACGGCGAGGAAAACUUCAAUGCCUGCCUGCCUUCCUCCUGCGGCAACAUCCCAAAAAUUACCUUCCCCUUCAGAUUAACACACCAACAAAAUUGCAGCAACCAAACAAUUCCCUUAACAUGUCAAAACAAUCUAACCCUUGUACAAAUGGAAUCAGCUGAUUACAUCGUCCAAUCCAUCGAUUACAACAAUCUCACCAUCCGUUUGUUGGAUGCCACUCUUCAUCAUACCAACCCAUGCUCUUCCCUUCCUCAAUCGUCUUUCAGCCCAUACAACGCAACCCGUCCCUAUAGCUUUUUCUCACCGCCUAAUGAUUUUAUUCUUCUCGAUCUACCGAAGAAAUCACAUCAGAGUUUGAUUUUUGUAGAGUGUGCGCAUCCAGUGAGGUCUUCUCGCUAUGUAGACACGCGUCCUUGUAUAAAUGGAUCAGCAGGCCAUUAUUCUUAUGUGAUAAUUGGAAGCCUGGGAGCAGGGGAGUUGGAGAAAUCUUGCACUAUACAGCUCAUACUCAUGACAUCUUUGCCGCUGGAACUGGACGACUCAAACACCAUCUCCUUCCAACACAUCCGCAACCAUCUCCUAUAUGGAUUUGAGCUUUCAUGGAAGUCGGAUUGUAAAGUGGGAUUCCUCUGUCCCUUUCUUGGCCCAGAUGGGUACUUACAAUUCUAUGGUCUACCCGUGUUGUACAGAAUAGGAUCACUUGUAAUUUUAAUAAUGCUUGCAGAAAGAAUUUUAUGUGGAAUACCAUGUGUGGCUUGUUUUUUAACAUAUAAGUGGAGAAGGAGGCACUUGUCGAUGGAUAAUAUGGUUGAAGAUUUUCUUCAGAGCCAAAAUGAUCUUGUGCCUAUCAGAUACUCUUUCUCAGACAUUAAAAAAAUGACUAAAAGCUAUAAGCACAAAUUAGGAGAGGGUGGCUACGGAUCUGUGUACAAAGGGAAACUUAGAAGUGGUCGUUCUGUAGCAGUUAAAUUACUAGGCAAGUCCAAAGCUAAUGGCCAAGAAUUCAUCAAUGAAGUAGCCACCAUUGGCAGGAUUCAUCAUGUUAAUGUGGUGCAGCUAAUAGGGUUCUGUGCUCAAGGAUCUAAUCGGGCCCUUGUUUAUGACUUCAUGCCUAAUGGAUCAUUAGAGAAGCACAUAUUUUCAACAGAAGGAAACAUCACUCCUCUCAGCUGCACGCAGAUGUAUAAGAUUUCUCUUGGAAUAGCUCACGGGAUUGAGUAUUUGCAUAGGGGCUGUAACAUGCAAAUUCUGCACUUUGAUAUCAAGCCUCACAACAUUCUCCUUGAUGAAAACUUCACUCCCAAAGUGUCUGAUUUUGGACUGGCCAAGUUGUAUUCAACAGAAGAAAGCAUUGUUUCUCUCACAGCAGCAAGAGGAACGAUGGGUUACAUGGCUCCAGAACUAUUUUACAAGAAUAUUGGAGGCAUAUCCUACAAAGCAGAUGUGUAUAGUUUUGGAAUGUUGCUAAUGGAAAUGGCAGGCAGAAGGAAAAAUUUGAAUCCACACAUAGAUCACUUGAGUCAAAUUUAUUUUCCUUCAUGGGCAUAUGAUCAGUAUAGCGAAGGGAAGGACAUAGCAAUUGCAGAAGUUACAGAAGACAAAAAGAAAAUAAUGAAGAAGAUGAUCUUAGUAGCCUUGUGGUGCAUACAGUUGAAGCCUAGUGAUCGACCCUCCAUGAAUCAGGUUGUGGAGAUGUUGGAAGGAGAAAUUGAAGGCCUUGAGAUGCCUCCCAGGCCUUUCUUGUCUCCACAAGAUGUGGCAAGGGAAGAAGCUCUAGACAAGAAACCAUAAAAAAAUUUCAAAUAUUAAGUUGCAUCAGAAUUAGAAUUUGACAACUCUCAGCUUGGUUGAAAGAUUUCAGUCUCAUGCAAGUAGUAAUUUUGACCUAUAUUUUUCAAGACAGAGUAAGUAGUUUAAUUUUUUGUCUUUAAUCCUAGAUGAAAUGGUGAACGUGUAAAGUGUUUUACUUGUAAUCAUGAUAAUG